AUGUCUAACGCUAUUGCAACGCGACUUCAACGUAGCUCGCCAGAUCGGCCCAUGAGGUACAAGGAUUGGAUCAUUCCCGCCGGGCACUAUGUUCAUUACUCUCCCAUCUCGUCGACAAAAACACAUCUGACUUCUCAUCCACAUGACCCCACAGUUUUCGAAAACUACGUGGCAGAUUGCCGAGUCGACGGCCGCUCCGUGCAAUUGGCUCUCUGGGAUACAGCAGGACAAGAAGACUAUGAGCGGUUGCGGCCACUGGCUUACUCCAAAGCACAUGUCAUCCUGAUUGGGUUCGCUGUGGACACGCCAGAUUCGCUGGAAAACGUCGUGCACAAGGCUCGUCUCGGUGUUUUGGGGAGGUUACAAGCCAAGGUGUCUGACAAUGAAUUACAGUGGAUCGAAGAAGCGAAUGAGCGGUGCCCUGGUGUGCGUAUCAUCCUGGUCGGCCUGAAGAAAGAUCUCCGUGAAGAUCCCCUGGCCAUCGAGGAAAUGCGCAAGAAGUCUCUCAGAUUUGUCACAACCAAAGAGGGCAAUGAAACCGGGGCACAUAUCGGGGCCCGCAAGUACCUGGAGUGCUCAUCCCUGACGGGCGAGGAAGUUGACGACGUGUUCGAGUCUGCUACCCGAGCGGCGCUGCUGACAUUUGACAAGCGGAGAAGCUCUUGCUGCGUGGUCCUAUAA